ACAGUCCGUGACCGUGAGAGGACUGGGGUGACAUAUUUGAACACCCCGGCGUAGCUAGGAGCUCAGGAGCACACAUCCACACCUACCCUUUCACCGGCAAAGAUGAAGCUGGGGUGUUCUCGGUUUCUUCUUUCUUUCCAUGUUCUUGCCUGCCUUUCGGCGAUUUGGGUUCUGGCCACGGCCGAUGUACCGGCAGCCCACCGUCCCGGCUGCCAGGCCAAGUUCGGCGAAGUCGACAUCCCAUUACCGUUCGGCAUCGGCGAGCAGUGCGCGUUGCACAACGGCUUUAACCUCAACUGCACGAGCAUCAACGGCGCCACAAAGCCUUUUAGCGGGGAUUUUGAGGUGACCAAGAUCUCCGUGCCAGACGGCAAGGCCUGGAUGAACACCACGACGAUCUCGUGGCAGUGCUAUUCCGAAUCCACUGGUGGUAUGACCCACUACAAAGGAUGGGCGGACUUCACCGGCACACCUUUCUGGAUAUCGGAAGUGGACAACAAGAUCUUUGUCAUCGGGUGUAAUACUCUCGCUUAUAUGAUGGGCUCUUCUUAUUUAAUAGGUUGCAAGUCAACGUGCGACGACACCUUGAUGGAUGGCACAUGCUCCGGCGCCGGCUGCUGCCAAGUAGAUGUCCCGACAGGCGUACGGUUUUAUAAUGGUAAUUUCGACCAAAGCUACAACAACACGGAAAUAUGGCAUUACAGCCGUUGCAGCUACAUGGUAUUGAUGGAAAAGGCGGCUUUCAACUUCCGCACUAGCUAUGUCGGAUCCACGGUGUUUUAUAAUGCAUACAAUGGGACAGUUCCACUUGUGCUGAACUGGCGGGCAGGACGGCUGACUUGCGACGAAGCUCAGAAGAACAUGAGCUCCUACGCAUGUGUCAGCGGCCACAGUGCGUGUGUAAACACCACUGGCGACAAGCCAGGUUAUCGCUGCACGUGCUCCGAUGGAUACGAAGGCAACCCUUAUAUCCAGAACGGAUGCCAAGAUAUUGAUGAGUGCCUUCAAAAUGCUACUAUCUGCGGCUCUGGAAUGUGCGAGAACACGGCAGGGCAUUACACCUGCUCAUGUCGACGUGGAAAAAAUUGGACUAAUGGCAAUUGUCAAUCCCGUUUUCCAGUGAUGCCUGUUGUAGGUACAACUGUUGGACUAGUCGCCUUAGUGAUUGCUUUAGCAUGUGCAUGCAUGAUCCAAGAGAGAAGAAAGCUACAGAAGAUGAAACGAGACUACUUUCGGCAGCACGGUGGUCUAAUAUUAUUUGAUGAAAUGAGAUCAAAGCAAGGUAUUUCAUUCAAAAUCUUCACGGAAGAAGAACUACAAGAAGCCACGAACAGGUUUAGUGAGCAACAAGUACUGGGUCAAGGGGGCUAUGGGACCGUGUACAAGGGGAUUCUUGAAGGCAACGUGGAAGUAGCGGUGAAGAGAUGCAAGACCGCUGACGAGCAACAAAAGAAAGAAUUUGGUAAAGAGAUGCUAAUCUUGUCUGAGGUCAACCAUAGAAACAUUGUGAAGCUCCUUGGGUGUUGCCUCGAAGUGGAAGUCCCCAUGCUAGUAUAUGAGUUUGUCCCAAAUGGCACCCUCUUCCAGCUCAUACACGGUAACCAUGGCCUACGUAUCUCCUUGGCUACUCGCUUGGGGAUCGCCCACGAGUCGGCCGAUGCACUCUCCUAUCUUCACUCAUCGGCUUCGACACCGAUCCUUCAUGGUGAUGUCAAGUCCUCCAAUAUUCUUCUUGAUAGGGACAACAAAGCCAAAGUAGCUGACUUUGGUGCCUCCAUCUUGGCACCAACUGACAAGUCGCAAUUCAUCACACUGGUACAUGGAACAUGCGGGUACCUUGACCCGGAGUACAUGCAAACCAACCUGCUGACGGACAAGAGCGAUGUGUACAGCUUUGGGGUUGUUUUAUUGGAGCUACUCAUGGCCAAAUUGCCAUUUAAUUUCGAUCCGGACGUCCCUGCCCAUGAGAAGAGCCUAUCGAUGAUGUUUACGUAUGCCAUGAAGGACAAUAAGCUCGACCAGAUCUUGGAUGCUGAGAUCAAGGAUGGGGAUAACAUAGAGAUUAUUGAAGAGAUCGCGGAGCUAGCGAUGCGAUGCUUAGAGAUGUGUGGUGACAAUAGGCCAUCGAUGAAGGAAGUUGCGGAGAAGCUUGAUAGUCUGAGAAAGGUCAUGCAACAUCCAUCGGUGCAGCGGAACCCUGAAGAGAUGGAAUGCCUACUUGGGGAGCCAUCAUCGACGGCCAGCUCGACAAUAACCAGUGCCGAAUAUUUCAGCAUCGAGAAGAAAGCUGUUAAUGGUCUACAGUCAGGUCGUUAAGUAAUCACACCAUCGCUUUGCUUUGUUUAUUUUGUAUUCGAAAGCAAGAAAUCAGUGGCAUAAAAAAUAGAAUAAACAGUCAAUUGUUAUAGCUACCUCUAUGUUAUUGUUCAUUUUGCCAAUUA